AUGGCGGAGCCCAAGGGGAUGCCAAGCUAUGUGGGCGAGGGCGGCGCCAGGGGAGGUGAUCUCGGCGAUGCUAAACAAGGCCUCAGCUUGGGCAACAACACUGAUCCUGCAGACGACAAUGCCAUCCUUCUGGACAGCGUGGGCGAUGCUCCUUGUAUUAGCAGAGAGGAUCCAAAUGACGCUGGCAAACUGGGCAGUGGCGCNGGCGCCAGGGGAGGUGAUCUCGGCGAUGCCAAACAAGGCCUAAGCUUGGGCGACAACACUGAUCCUGCAGACGACAAUGCCAUCCUUCUGGACAACGUGGGCGAUGCUCCUUGUAUUAGCAGAGAGGAUCCAAAUGACGCUGGCAAACUGGGCAGUGGCGCCCCAAGCGCAAAAGGUACCAACGACACCUUCCCAGCUUCUACGGCGCCUAAGCUGCACGUGGAGGCGCUGGCGACGCCCUGGGGCGAGGAGUCACUAGAGACAGCGCCAAUUGCGUGGAACCUGUCAGGCAAUGCCUUGGGCGGUUGGCGGAUCUUGGUGGAAAAUCAGGCUGCGCCACCCGACGAUCUAGGCUAUU